AUGGACGAAUCACAAGAGCCUCCGGCGGACGACGGCCAUGCUUCUCGCGAAGGCUCACCGCCGCCAGGGCGCCGUCUAUCCAUAGACGAAGAUUUGUUUUACCACCGCAUCAUGUCAGCUCCGCCACGCCGCUCGUCACUACCUCCGCCUUAUGUGCCCAGCGAGUCUUCCCUCUAUAACGCUGUCGACUCUGUACAAAGGAAAGCCAAGGGCAAGUCUAGAUGUACCUCCGACGGCGAAUCUGAAGAGCUGCCCGCCUAUUCCAAUUCUCUUUACAUGGAAGGAAUCUUUACCAAGAAGCAUGAGAUCGAGAAUACGACAAAAAGAGCGGAAGAUCGCCGGUGGCACAACGCUUUCGUGGUUCUCGACGGAACCGCUCUUCACGUCCAUCACGUAAAGAAAGACUGGGGAUGGGGAAAGGCGAGAGACGGCCCAAGUAUAUGUCCGGAUAAUCCUCCGUGGGUGAGGAAGGGCAAGUUGGAGAAAACCUACAGUUUGCUACAUGCAGAUGCGGGCAUUGCUGCUGAUUAUAAAAAACGACGCUACGUGAUCCGUAUACGAGCAGAAACAGACCAGUUUCUUCUUUCGUGCAUCGAGCUAGGCACUUUUGUGAGGUGGCUAGAGGCGUUAUUCGCUGCUAUUGACAUUGCAGCACCUAUCGAUGAACGCGACUUCCCCCGGGACAUGUCCAUCCCCCGAGUUCAACAAACGCUUGCACCACACACGCCGGUGUUUCCUGACCACGAAAUCGAACACGCCCAAAACGCCAUCGACUCAGAUUCUGAGGAAUCCGAAGAUGAAGACGACGGUGGCUUUACCAGAGGACCCCGGCUGGCACACCGAUUAAGCACAACAUCGUAUCACAACGCCUCGGUAGAUCCAUUCUCCGGCAAAUGGUUUCCAGAGCACAAGUGGUCAGAGGCUCACGACAUGCUUUACGCCAAGCUAUGCUACAGCAAUCUGCUAUUCCGAAGCCCGAGAAGAUCAAACUACAUUAUCAGCAAGGGAAAGCAGUGGUUCGUCGACUGGGCCACCGGGCGCAUGGUACGAGUGCUGCCACCACCCUACGGCGAAGAUCACUUUGGACCAUGGCAGGUUGUCCACACGGAAAACCCGCGCAUUUAA